AUGAGCUUCAAUUUACCCAAUUCUUACCUUUUGGGUAUAUUGUUGGUCGUAUCGACUCAUAGUGGUCCUCAACUCGUAUACAACUAUCCGCCUGUGUUGUCUCACGAGCUGGUUGAUCAGUCGCAUACUGCGAAGUUGAUGGUAAAUUCUGAAGAUGAUGGCUCAAUGGAUGAUCAUGAUGUAGACGAUGAUGAAUAUAUCGUAGAUAGCGAGGAAAAUGAUGAUGUAUCGCUGAUAGAACUGAAAGAUGACCUGAAGUGGAAUACCAGAAACCUAAAUUAUUACAUGGGAACUAAAAAGGAACUAAUGGAGUUUUUGGAUGAUCAAGAGAAACAUCGAGAAAGAACCCCAAAGCAGAAGAAGAGUUUGCGAAAUAAAGAUACCAUUCCCUUGGAAAAGACAUUAUCUGCUAGGUCGGAGAGAAGCUUAUUCUCAAAUACUGCAACACUUCCAACAAUUGCAAAUGUAGUUAGUAAUACAUCCUUUCAACUAGGCGCUCCAGCAAUUCCUACUCAGCUGCAACAUUCACUGACACUUUCUCCAUCAAAUAAUCAAAAUAGCAGUACUUCGCUCAACCUGAACUCACAAUUGGGAUCGCCUUCAUCCAUACCCUCUGGUAGUGCCAAUAAGGGUAAUAGUACUAGUCCUGAAGUUGCUAGUACGAUAUUUGGAAUUGAACAAGCUUACCUCUGCGAAACGUUAUGUCCACCGCGACAGAUGUGCAAUUCAAGAUUUGAAAUGCUUAUAGAUGAUCUAGUGUUCUUAGGUCUUCCUAUUCAUUGUUAUGAUAAUGGGUCUUGGAGGUCUAAGAAGAAAAGAGUAAGAAAGAAGGCUAGUAAAGUGAGCAAGGAUGGACUGUCCGUGGGAGAGAAGAGCAAUGAGGGCGAAUCGGAGAAGACUCGUAACGACGACAGCACUAAUAAUAAUAACCUUGAUGACGGAGAAGAAGAAGAAGAUAAUGAUGGUAUUCCUAAAUCUGGAAGCUCCAAUGAAAAGAAAUCAAAUACAAUGUCAAUGUUCCAUUUAGUUUUCAUUAUGAACCCUCCAAUUAUUGAAUGCAACUAUAGAAUAGAUGAAAUGUUUUAUUACGUUAUUUCUAGACUUUCGCUAGUGCUCCGAUAUGAACAACUGAAACAUGAUUAUGUCUGGCAGCAAGUUAAACUUAUCCAAAAAUUUAAAGAGGAGUAUAGAACAGUACUGGGCGGAAUCAGUGGUGGGCUAGCAUCAUACCUAAACCAUAGAGCAUCACUCUGUAAGAUGAUUUCAGAUUGCUACUAUUCUAUUUCUAAAUCUGAAAUAGCCAACUUAUCUAUCAAUAAUAAGCUCAGAUCGUUUCAGAUCCCAAUAAAAACUGAGUUCCAUUCAUUGCCAGAGAGUACAGUUCCUUAUCUUCCAGGAAGUCACCUAUCAUCAACAGUGAGUUUGUUAGGCAAAACUGGUUUGAUCAAUGUCGGUGACACAACCCGGUACGGAAUAAGUAAUAUGAUGUCAAUAUUAACAAGAAUGGGAGGCGGGACAUAUGGAGGAUCACUAGGAGGUGGUGGAGCUAGUGGAAAUUCUGGGCCCAAUGUGGUAGGAGCCUCCGACGAAGGCGACUACUUAGAAGACGAUGAUUCUGACUCUUCCGAAGAUAUUAUACAUUUUGCACUUUUACUUCUUGAUGACCCUGAAACAAUUGUUUCUGAUAUAAAAGCAGAGCCUCAGAGUACUUUAGCUAACUUUAUUCGAAUGAUUAAACCAACUGAAUCUUUAUCCAAUCUAGCUAGCAAACUUGAACAAUCUCAGAAAGUUACAGAACGACUUUCUAUUACUGAAAUUAAAUCUUUUGCAUUCCACUUGAUAUACUGGAGAAGAGCAAGGGUUAUACCUCCCUUAAAUUCUAGAUCGGUAUAUAUUGUUUCUCCCAUGGCUCCGGUUACAUUGAAUUUAUACUUCGAUAUUCAAAAGUUCCUGAAGGAAUUUACAACUUUACCAUCACUUCCACAUUUUCUUAAACUGUUAUCAUCCUCAUCACGAAAGCCUAGACAAUAUGCCACUAUUAUACCUUCAAGAGAUCAUCGAGAAGUUUAUUUAGAUGCACUUGGAUGGUUAAUAAGAUAUGGGUAUGUUACACAAUUGCAUACAUUUAUAUGGCUCAAGAUAUCUAGAAAAGUGAAGAUGAAAGUGGAAGAAGAUUUAGAGAACGAAUCAAGCUCUAAAAAGAGGGGUUUAAGUAAUGCAUCUAAGGGCGUUAGAUCUUCUAAAGGUGUUGAUUCAAAAAUUGGGGAAGAUGAAAAUGACGUAAAUGUUUCUAUUCAGGCAACCUCUAAUGUAGUCGGAACAGAUAAUACUUCAAAAAAGGUAAGCAAGACUAAACCUGCUCAAAAUAAAUCCUCCUCAUACGUGCCAUCUAUGGAACAUGAUGGUGUUCCACUAUUUUCUGGCCCAAAUAUUACACUUGAGGAGGACAGUGAUACAAUUAUACUUGAUCCAGAUAGGGCUACUACGUUGGAACGUCGAUGGAUCAAUAAAAUUGUUUCUGAAGAAAGUCGCCUCUCUCCAGAAUUGACUGCUGUUUUUUAUAAACUUUUAAAGUACAUGGACGGUAAAAAUUCUUUAGAGUUACUUUUGUUAAAGGAAGACGUCUCCAGGAAUGAUUUGAGGAAGUUAUUGUUUGCAAUCGAAGACCAUGUAAUAUCAGUGAGGCAUUGGUAA